AUGGCAACGGCGAUUCCUGAUCUCCCGAUCCUGGCCACAGACGAUUCGAUGCUCUCUCGAAAGUUUGGCCGGGAAGUUGCAAAUUACUUUUCGGGAAACCCUUUGAACAGGCUCUCAUUUCUAAGAGCAGAUCAUGCAUUCUUGUCGUCGGCAUUUACGCAUCCUUCAACGUCCUUCCUGCUUUUGGAGAACUCCUCUCCCUCAGUCAAAAACCCCUCCAGCCUAGCAUAUCUUGCGAAAUCUGACAUCGAGCCUUUGACUGGGGCUGACUUCUUUGAAAAGACCGAGGAGGAAUGGGUCAAGAACUUCAAUUCCAGCAUUGCCCGACCCGUGGUCCUGUUUCUUGGCCUUGACGAGAAGCAGAAGUCGGGCUUCGAGUACAAGGAGUACAAGGGAACGCCGUAUUUUGCCAUAGACGUCACUCCCAAGGGCGCUUUGGCUGACAAAGCCAAGAGUGUUGUGGAGGCAGUCAAGGCAAAGGGAAUCACCUUCUUGCCGGGAGCUCGGCCCUUGCUGACACUGAACGCUCCUGAAGCCGCUAUUUAUGCUCAAGCACGUUCUCUCCUGGACUGGAACGCUCGCAACCCCUUUUGUGCUGGAUGUGGCUCAAAGACCUUGUCUGUAAAUGGUGGAAUGAAGCGAGUCUGCACACCGACUGACCUGGCUGGUGUUCCUGAAGGUGGCGCUCCCAAGGAACGAGAGGAUUGCCCCACACGACAUGGUGUCUCGAACCUCUGUUUCCCGCGGACAGAUCCCACCAUGAUUGUGGCUGUAGUAUCCGCCGAUGGCACCAAAAUGCUCCUCGGUCGACAGAAGAGAUACCCGCCGUAUUGGUACUCUACACUGGCAGGUUUCCUCGAGCCCGCCGAGUCAAUCGAGGAAGCAGUGCGCCGCGAGGUUUGGGAGGAGAGCGGUGUUACUGUAGGUCGAGUUGUUAUUCACAGCUCCCAGCCUUGGCCAUAUCCGGCAAACCUGAUGAUUGGUGCCAUUGCGCAAGCCACUCCAGACGGCGAGACCAUCGACUUGGGCAACGAUCCGGAACUAGAGGCGGCAAAAUGGUUCCCACUCGAAGAAGUCAAGACGGCGCUUCUCCAGGGAGUGAGCGGCUUGGGCGAACCAGCACCAGCAGGCUACAAGGAGGGAGCUCUCCGAUUGCCUCCUCAGACAGCAAUUGCAAACAGACUGAUGGAUGCUGUCAUUGGAGGAUUUUUGACUGCUGCCAAGAUCUAA